GCUGCUCCGUCCUCUCCGCCGGGGCCCCGGGAGCCAUGCAGCGCGCGGCCGGCCCGCUCCCGGCGGCCCCGCUGGACCGCGCGGGGCCCGGCUGUGGGUCCCCGCCGCCCGCGGCGGAGGAUGCUGUCCCGCCGCCCGCCCCCGGGGGCCCCGCUCGUGCUGGCUCCGCUUUCCCCGCGCCUGGACAGCCCCGGGACCCUGCCAGGUGGAUGUUGUGCGUGGCCGGAGCCACGCUGAAGAGAGAACUUGAUGCCACCGCAACAGUACUGGCAAACAGGCAAGAUGAGAGUGAACAGUCCAGGAAGCGGCUCAUUGAGCAGAGCCGAGAAUUUAAGAAGAACACUCCAGAGGAUUUGCGCAAGCAGGUAGCACCACUGCUCAAGAGCUUCCAAGGGGAGAUUGAUGCACUGAGUAAGAGGAGCAAGGAAGCAGAGGCAGCCUUUCUGACUGUGUACAAGAGAUUAAUUGAUGUCCCAGACCCCGUACCAGCCCUGGACCUCGGCCAACAGCUGGAAAUAAAAGUGCAGCGUCUACACGACAUUGAAACGGAAAACCAGAAACUUAGGGAAACACUAGAAGAAUACAACAAGGAGUUUGCCGAAGUGAAAAAUCAAGAGGUUACGAUAAAAGCACUUAAGGAGAAAAUCCGAGAAUACGAGCAGACUCUGAAGAGCCAGGCUGAGACCAUUGCUCUGGAGAAGGAACAGAAGCUGCAAAAUGAUUUUGCAGAGAAGGAGAGAAAGCUGCAAGAGACACAGAUGUCCACCACCUCAAAGCUGGAGGAAGCCGAGCACAAACUCCAGACUUUGCAAACAGCCCUGGAAAAAACUCGAACAGAAUUAUUUGACCUGAAAACCAAAUAUGAUGAAGAAACUACUGCAAAGGCUGACGAGAUCGAGAUGAUCAUGACUGACCUUGAGCGAGCCAACCAGAGGGCAGAGGUGGCACAGAGAGAGGCAGAGACUUUGAGGGAACAGCUCUCCUCAGCCAACCACUCUCUCCAGCUGGCCUCGAAGAUCCAGAAGGCUCCAGAUGUGGAGCAGGCCACAGAGGUGCUGACCCGAUCCAGCCUGGAAGUGGAGUUGGCUGCCAAAGAGCGGGAGAUCGCCCAGCUGGUGGACGAUGUGCAGCGGCUCCAGGCCAGCCUCACCAAGCUGCGGGAGAACUCCGCCAGCCAGAUCUCGCAGCUGGAGCAGCAGCUGAGCGCCAAGAACAGCACACUCAAACAACUGGAAGAAAAGCUCAAAGGCCAGGCUGACUAUGAAGAGGUGAAGAAAGAGCUGAACACCCUGAAGUCCAUGGAGUUUGCACCGUCGGAGGGAGCAGGGACACAGGACUCAGCCAAGCCCCUGGAGGUCUUACUCCUUGAGAAGAACCGCUCGCUGCAGUCCGAGAAUGCCACGCUGCGCAUCUCCAACAGUGACCUGAGCGGGUCAGCCAGGAGAAAAGGGAGAGACCAGCCUGAGAGUCGGCGCCCGGGACCCUUGCCGGCCUCCCCUCCUCCUCAGUUGCCCCGCAGCACAGGGGAACAGGUUUCCAAUACUAACGGUACACACCACUUCUCACCAGCGGGGUUAAGUCAAGACUUUUUCAGCUCAAACCUGGCCAGCCCCAGCCUACCGCUGGCUUCUACAGGAAAGUUUGCACUAAACUCUCUUCUCCAGCGACAGCUAAUGCAGUCCUUCUACUCCAAGGCCAUUCAGGAAGCCGGAAGCACAAGCACGAUUUUUUCAACAGGUCCCUACAGCACAAACUCCAUAUCUUCCCCAAGUCCUUUACAACAAAGCCCAGAUGUAAAUGGGAUGGCCCCAUCUCCCAGCCAGUCAGAAAGUGCUGGGAGCGCCUCAGAGGGUGAGGAAAUUGACACAGCAGAAAUCGCCCGGCAGGUCAAAGAGCAGCUGAUCAAGCACAACAUUGGACAGCGCAUUUUCGGACAUUACGUCUUGGGACUGUCUCAGGGGUCUGUGAGUGAGAUUCUGGCCCGGCCGAAGCCCUGGAACAAGCUGACUGUCCGUGGCAAGGAGCCAUUCCACAAAAUGAAGCAGUUCUUGUCUGAUGAACAGAACAUCCUGGCACUUCGCAGUAUCCAAGGCAGACAGAGAGAGAAUCCAGGCCAGAGCCUGAACAGACUCUUUCAGGAAGUACCGAAACGAAGAAAUGGGUCUGAAGGGAACAUCACUACCCGCAUCCGAGCAUCGGAGACUGGUUCUGAUGAAGCAAUCAAGUCCAUCCUGGAACAAGCCAAGAGAGAACUGCAAGUGCAGAAAACCGCCGAGCCAGUCCAGCCAUCAUCCUCAUCCAGCAGUGGGAACUCUGACGAUGCCAUCCGCUCCAUCCUACAGCAGGCCCGCCGGGAAAUGGAGGCCCAGCAGGCUGCCCUUGACCCUGCCUUAAAGCCAGCUCCACUGUCCCAGCCCGACCUCACCAUCCUCACCCCCAAGCUCCUGCCUGCCUCACCCAUGUCUACUGUGUCCACUUACCCGCCUCUUGCCAUUUCCCUGAAGAAAACCCCUACAGCACCUGAGGCCAGUACCUCAGCCUUGCCCAGUGCCCCAGCCCUCAAAAAAGAGGCUCAGGAUGCACCCUUGCUGGACCCAGCAGGCUCAGCUGAUGCUGCCCAGGGGGUCUUGAGGCCAGUGAAGAGUGAGCUAGUCCGUGGCAGCACCUGGAAGGACCCCUGGUGGAGCCCUGUGCAGCCUGAAAGAAGAAAUCUCACCUCCUCGGAAGAGACCAAGGCUGACGAGGCAGCUGCAGGUGGGAGAGAAAAGACAGGCAGCAGCCAGCCACGGGCUGAGCGCAGCCAGCUCCCAGGACCCUCCUCAUCAGCGGAAUACUGGAAGGAGUGGCCCAGUGCCGAGUCGCCAUACUCUCAGAGCUCAGAGCUGAGCCUCACUGGAGCCAGCCGCAGUGAGACACCCCAGAACAGCCCUCUGCCUUCCUCCCCAAUUGUGCCCAUGGCAAAGCCAGCCAAGCCCUCAGUGCCCCCACUGACUCCUGAGCAGUAUGAGGUCUACAUGUAUCAGGAAGUGGACACCAUUGAACUCACCCGGCAGGUCAAAGAGAAGCUGGCCAAGAAUGGCAUUUGCCAGAGGAUCUUUGGGGAGAAGGUGCUGGGCCUGUCCCAGGGCAGCGUCAGUGACAUGCUCUCUAGGCCAAAACCAUGGAGCAAACUGACCCAGAAAGGCCGAGAACCCUUCAUCCGGAUGCAGCUCUGGCUGAAUGGAGAGCUAGGCCAGGGUGUUCUGCCUGUGCAAGGGCAACAGCAAGGGCCAGUCCUCCACUCGGCGACAUCUCUGCAGGACGCCCUCCAGCAGGGCUGUGUGAGCUCAGAAAGCACUCCAAAGACCUCUGCCAGCUGCAGCCCUGCCCCUGAGUCCCCAAUGAGUUCCAGCGAAUCUGUGAAGAGUCUCACCGAGCUGGUCCAGCAGCCCUGUCCCACUAUUGAGACCAGUAAAGAAGGCAAACCGCCAGAAUCCAGCGAUCCACCCGCCUCAGACUCCCAACCCACAACGCCGCUGCCUCUCUCUGGACACUCAGCCCUCAGCAUCCAAGAAUUAGUAGCCAUGUCUCCUGAGCUGGACACCUACGGCAUAACCAAGAGGGUCAAAGAGGUGCUGACGGACAACAAUCUCGGUCAGCGCUUAUUUGGGGAGACCAUCCUGGGGCUCACCCAGGGCUCUGUCUCUGACCUCCUUGCCCGCCCAAAACCCUGGCACAAGCUCAGUCUGAAGGGACGGGAGCCCUUUGUCCGCAUGCAGCUGUGGCUGAACGACCCCAACAAUGUGGAGAAGCUGAUGGACAUGAAGCGGCUGGAGAAGAAAGCCUACAUGAAGAGGCGACACAGCUCUGUCAGUGACAGCCAGCCCUGUGAGCCCCCCUCUGUGGGGAUCGACUACAGCCAGGGUGCCAGCCCCCAGCCGCAACACCAGCUGAAGAAGCCUCGAGUGGUGCUGGCUCCAGAGGAGAAGGAGGCGCUGAAGCGAGCGUAUCAGCAGAAGCCAUACCCGUCACCAAAAACAAUCGAGGAGCUUGCUACACAGCUCAACCUGAAGACCAGCACCGUCAUCAACUGGUUCCAUAAUUACAGGUCUCGGAUCCGCAGAGAACUGUUCAUAGAGGAGAUCCAAGCCGGAAGCCAGGGCCAGGCAGGUGCCAGCGACUCACCUUCGGCCCGAAGUGGCCGCGCAGCGCCCAGCUCGGAAGGCGACAGCUGUGACGGGGUGGAGGCCACAGAAGCCGAGGAGCCAGGGGCCACCAAGUCUCAGGGAGGGCCGGCAGACAUGGCCACAGCCCCGGCUGACCGGGAGGAGGCGACGCAGCCGGCCGAGAAGGCGAAGGCGCAGCCCCUGUCCUCGGGGACCCCAGCACAGGACGACAGGGAAGACGCGGGCCGGCCCAGGCCGCUGCCCGAGGGUCCCGCCGCCGCCCCGGCGCCCGUGCCAAACCUCGCCGCACGUGCGGCCGGAGAGGACGCCGCUACCUCAGCCACUGCGCCGGCGCCCGAGGCCCCAGGGGCGGCCAGGGCGGGCCCUGCCGAGCGCAGCUCCGCGUUGCCAAGCACCAGCGCGCCCGCGCGGAGGCCCAGCUCCCUGCAGAGCCUCUUCGGCCUGCCCGAGGCAGCGGGCGCCAGGGACAACCCAGUGCGGAAAAAGAAGGCCGCCAACUUGAACAGCAUCAUCCACCGCCUGGAGAAGGCGGCCAGCCGGGAGGAGCCCAUUGAAUGGGAGUUCUGAGGCCGGGCCUCUGGGCCUGAGCAGCAGGGCCCGCGGGCCAGCCAGGCCUACUUGCGCCCAGCGGGCCCCAGGCCCCGGCAGCGCUGGCCAGCGAGGGCCAGGCCGGCGCAGAGGGCGGCGCCGCCCAGGCCUGGACGUGUUGCGCACUUAGCCCUGCGGGCCACAGGGCAAAAUCGCCAUAGGCCAAGGUGCAUAUAGAAAACAAAGGAGCAUUAAGCCCAAUCUAUGUCGUGUUUUCAAGGAAGAAAACAGAAAUGUGUAGUCCAGCUUUUUGUACCCUGAAGUGUUUUUGGUUUUGGUUUUUAUUUUUAUUUUUAUUUUUUAUUGCCCUAAGUGAUUUCCACAGGUUCUGGAAUAACUCUUUACAGCUUUUGCCUUGCGCCCUCCUCUUUCGUGUGGGCUUUAAAAAAAAAAAAAAUCAAACCCACAUAUUAAAAGGGGGCUUUUUAUCUGCCAUCUAAUGGCUUCAGAGCGAUAAUACACUAUUAUCUUCUUAAACCAGGAAGGGGGGGAUUUUUCAGAAAAAAAAUUAAAAAAGAAAGUUUUUGUAGCUGUUCAGUUGCCACUAAGAGAUUGCACAGUCAAACCGACUCUAAACACACUAGUUUGGAUUCCUAAAUAUUUUCAAGAAAAGAAUCUUCUCGUUUGAAACUUUGAAUUAAAAUAAAACACAUUUACUCCACAUAUUUUUUAACAAAAAAAGAAAAAAAAAGAAAAGUCACAUCAGGAAAAGUAUCUGGUUCUGUGGUAGCUGGCGUAGCGUUUUGUUGUACGUAAUAGAACCCUGACACGUAGUGCACAUUGAUCCAUAGCUUUAACUGGCUCUGGGCUUUUGCUGGCCAGAGUUUGUUUAAUACACUCCAUUCUAGGCCAAAUCAGGACAAAAAGAAAGAUCCGAAUCUAGGUAUUUUAUAAUCUGCUUUUUAACCUCUAACCGCAGAGCACGCUGAUCAGACCUCAUAUCUCGGAGGUGUAGGAGACAAGUUAGAACUGUAGCUUGUACCGGUUCCUUUAUUUAUGCUGUCUAGUCUGUGUUGGCGCAUCUGCGCAUGUGCAAGCAUCGGAAGGAAGGAAAUGCAGGCCGGCAAGGUCGCAGCCGUAGUCCCUCGUGUGCAGGCAGCCAUCUGCUCAUCUUUCCUUGGCACAGAAGGCGCUCACCUCACGCCACUCUCCAGGGCACCUGACGGACUGCGCCCCCCAGGGAAAGCUGCUUCCUGGGCUUGGGCAGGCUGGCGCAGCCACGCGCGCACUCUCUUCCUCUCUCUUCUCCCGGUCGGUCCCCUUCCCACCACAAGCACUGAUAACCCUAUCUGUUCGUGGGAAGCUUCCUUCCCUGCAGAAGAGAGAACGCCGCAGUCUGGGCUCGAGUCCCAUCCCUGUAGAGACACCCCAAACUCACCCCAACGGUGACACUCUUCAAUUCCAGACCAGGCCAUCGGCCAUUCGCUCAUUUCUCCUCUCACAAGGUUUUUAAUGCACAGUUUAGGGCAGUCUAAGUACAAAUCAAAAGUCUAACUUGUCUCUUGAUUCCUCCCGUUGUCUAUGUGUAUAUGCGUGAGUAUAGAGGUGGAUGAAAGUGUGCGUGUGUGUGCGUGUGCAAUUUUAUAUGUCUGUAUUUUCUUAAGUACCUGUGCACACACAGAGUGCAUUACUGCCACCUUUUUCAAUAAGCUGGUUUAUCAGUCAUGGCUUCUACAGGUUUUGCUAAUUUAGACUCCUUAUUGCCAUAUCUUUAAACUAACAAUAGAUGAUUUCGGUAUAUAUAUAUAUAUUUUUUUUGCUUAUUUAUAGGUGCUGUAUUUUAUUAUCUGAUUGUUAGGAAGGGAUGAAAGGGGCAAAUAUUCUUUAGGGGAUAGACUGCCGGCAGUAUUGGGUUUAAUUUACGAGAUGUAGCUGUCAUACUGUAUAUUACUGAUUGAAAACUUUUUGACCGUAUUGUGUAUCAUUGAAACUUUUGUCUUAGGUCAACAUCUUUGGAUGACAUUUUAAUGGUGCAUUCAUUAUUUCUUAAGUUUAAUUAAUUAAUAGUUUUUUUUUAAUUUGGGAGGGUGGGAGGGAGUUCUGAUUUUACAAGUAUCUCCCGCUGUGACACCCCGGUGUGCUUGUUGUUCCUUAGCUGGUAGGCUUUUGACUGUCAGAUGUGAAACCACAUUUCUUGCAUGACGUUUGGAGCUUACAUACUUUCAUUCACAAUCUUUCAGCCUGCAGCUGCAAGCCCUUAGUUGGAAUUUUCACACACUGUAAGAGUCAUGACACUAAUGACAAUGCCUUUUCAUGAAUGAGAAGUUUCCAGGAGGCUCUAGGAGGCUGGGAGCAGGCCCCUUGUUCUGUCUUUGGAUGGUUGCUUCACUUCUGCGCUUGAGAUCCGGUUCAGUGAGAAGAGAAUUCACAGUGGAGGGACAGAAAAAAAAAAUGGAGUCAUGCCCAGCCUUGGGCCAAGGUGUUGAGUGAGGAAGAGCCCACCCACAGCCAGGGAUUUCCUAGGGACUUGAGGAGCAGAGUCACUGUGGGAUCAUGGGACCCUCCACAGAAGCCUCAAGGGGCUCUCUAGACACUGUGGGUGAUGGAUCUUCCCCCACUUUGGUGACAGAAGUCCCUAAUUCUCACUGGAAUGAGCAGCACAGGUAACAGGACCGAGGAGAGUAGCGAGUAGUUUCAAAGGCAAGACAGUUACUUACAUACAGCUAAAACUGAAGAGACCGAAGUCAGGAUGUUUCCACCCUGGCAGCCCCACGGCAGCAGUCUAAGACAGCCUUUGGCUCUUCCAAGCAAGCUAGUCGUUUCUGUUUCUUUAAUUCUUGAACUAGGUUCUUAUCCAUUUUAUCCUGUCUCAUGCCAGAUCUCUAUCUGGGUGCUUGAUAAAAUGGCUUGGUUAGGUUUUUGCUUGGGUUUUCUCUUAUUUAUUGUUCUUAUUUUAAUUGAGAUCCCAACUUGAUGGUGUUUGGGGUUAAGCUAGCACUGUCUGUAGUAGUUCUAAGAGCUGCCAGUAGACAACACAGAAACCCGGGGUUACACCUCCCUCAUCAUGUCCUCCCUCCCUCCCUCCCUCCCUCCCUCCCUCCCCAGUUUGAGUCCAAGGGUUCAUCUUUCAUCUUGAAAAGCAAUAUUCAAGUGCCUUGAGCAGCGCUCCCACGUGGUGACCUUCCGCUCCUGCAGACAGUCAGCCAUCCUCUUGAUGUUCUCUCGGCUUAAAAAGCCGAAUUGUCCUCCCCUGGGAGAGAGUGGUUCCUCGUAAAACACUAACACUUCACUGCAAGCCACUGCUGCUUUUCAAUGAGAGGCAGCAGUGCUAACCAGGCAUCCCGCCAUUCCCCAGCUAAGUGGAGGCCCGCCCUAACCCAUGUUCACAUCAGGCCGCUUCACACCUCUCGCUUCAUGCCCAGGGCCCCUACGGCAUCUGCGGUGGCAGGCAUGUGGGCUCAUAGAUGCCUGCGCACUCACUUUCACUCUGACCUGGUUCCUAAUCACCACCUCCCUAAAACUUUCAGAUGUCCUGUGUGAACUAGACCACUCUUUAAGGGGGGGAAAAAAAAAGAAUGCAGGCACUUAGCUGAAGUUGGUGUUUUCUUAGCCACCUUGAAGUGGCUUACGACUGUAGCCUGGGUUAGGAGCAGGGCAGACUCCCUGGGAUGUAGAUCACCUGCUCUGAAAACACGGCAAAAGCGGACAGCUGGCAGCCUUCUGGACAGACGCUUCUGCUCGCAAAGCUCAGGUGUCUCCCUGUUCUCCCCUCAUAACAGCAUCUCCUUUUCUCCCUGUUUUUAAGUCAGAUCUGGUAGAUGCCCAGAAUACAGCAGGGCUCUCGUGGCCAAGAGAGUCCCUGCCUGUUGCUACUCCAUAGACCCACGUAGCCCAUCUGCCUCAGCAGCCAGGGCCAAGUUCAGCUGUGGAGCCCAUGAGCAAGUUUGUACCCAGUGUGCAGCGGCCACCCUCCAGGUAUCAACUGAGCACCCUGAGGUGGUACAGCUGUGAAAGCCCAGAGGCAGGGAGCCAGAGUUGCUAAGACAAUGGGCUGAUCUGAGAAUUUUUCAUGCCCAUCACUCUGCCAACGAUAGAUGGGAACUACAAAGAAAGUGAGGGUAGGGACAAGCUCCUCAGUAAAGGAUGCAGCUGCCUUCCUGCCAUAGGAAGCCUGAGUAUCUGUCCCUCAAAGCUAUGUUCUCUGGACUCUGGGCCCCCUCGGAACUGCAAUGGUUCAAUUCCCAUCACAGGCUUGUGUUUUCAUGUGUUACUACAGGUACCUAAAGCCAUUCCAGCGGCCCCCUGAGGCCAUGAGCCAUCCUUGCAGAGGAGAUGGGCUAGAACAAGGGUAGGGGAACACACGGGGGGAGUGGAAGGCUCUUGGCGAUGUUGCUCCUGUCCCUUCAGUCUCUCCCCUCACCUGUUCUACCUCACCACUUGGUGUCACUCAGAAUUGCUAGGCAGGUGGCCUGGGAGGAGGAGGGCAAGCUUGACAGAUCACCUCAGCGUGGCAGGUGGGCUUUUUGCCUCCUUCCCUGCGUACAUCCGGAAGUGGUGUCUGGAGUCUGCUAAGCAAAGGGACUUUUCCUCUUGGCUUCCAGUUCUUGAAACCCUAGCAGCUGUUGGGGCUGUGGGCAGUGGUGGUCUCCAGGCUCAGACAUUCUGUCUUUGGCUCUGCCUUCCCACACAGCUGUCAGACUCCGUCGCAGCCAUUCCUUUGGCCCCAGCUUCUCUGCAGACGACAUGAGCACACUUCCCGGGGACUAGGUUUGUGAGACUUUGCCGUGAGCUCUGUUUUGCCAGGACAGGAACAGUCAUACGGCUUUCUUCACCGUCAUGCAUGCCUAGUCUUUACUUCCCAAAAGAGCAUGCCAGUUUCUGUUCCAUGUGGGAGGAAGCCAGCUCCCAGGAGAGCUGGUGGACCUGGUUCACAGCUGCUUCAGUGGCCAAAGUGUCCCAGUAGGACACGGGGAGCUUCCAGUUCGUGUUGUUCCCAGCAUGAAUGUCCAAGUCACCAGGUACAGCUGUUGCUGCGGUUUCUCUAGGGCGUGACUGAAUCUCAGAAGGCUUUGUGGCCACUAUGGCAGCUCUUGUCCCAGGUGGCCUGAGACGUCCAGGUGGCUUGGUUCCAAUCUCCCAGAGGUGCUGCAUGCAGCUCUGACCAGUAAAGUUGCUUAGACAAUGAGCUGAUCUGAGAAUUUUUCAUUCCCAUCACCCCAGGAAAGAGGAUAGGGACAAGCUCCUCAGUAAAAGAUGCAACCCCAAGACCUCAGGCUCAGCCGGGAGAAGGGAGUCCAGGAACAGCAGGAAAAGCCAGGGUUCCCCAUGUGCCGCUGAGGGCCUGCUUCGUCACCCUCGUGCCCACCCCACCCCCUCCUCCCCUCCAAAGAUCCCGUGGCCACAUCUUCAGCGGCAGAUGGAGUUUUCAUUUUUGGACAAAGUGGCAUUUUAGCUUUAACAAGGCAUUUCCAAAGCUCCUGGUCUCCUUUGAAAUGCUGGCUUUAAAAGUUCAGCAUUGUUGCCAAGAACGAGGGGGAGGGGCUAAUGAGAGAAAGACAUUAGAUUAUGCAUGAAUGUGCACCCCCACCCUCGGUUAUUCAAAUUUCCAAUGCCUUUGAGUUGCUUUUCAUAGAUGGGUUUAGUUUGCUCACGUUAAGUAGUCUGUUACUGUAAAUUGUGUAGUGUUCUGGCUUUAAUUUCUACCACAAAUAUGCUAUGUACUAAGCUUUCUGUGAUCAGAAAGGAAAGGUGCCUUAAAUCCCAAUACCAUGCCUCUAUCCCUAUGGAAAAUAUAUCAGAAGCACAGCGCCAGGAAGCGUUGGGACUUCCUUUGGCAAAAUAGGACACCAUUCAGCAAGACACAUCCAAGUGGCACGGGGCGGCUUUGGUUUGCUGAGUUUCUUUUUUUCUCCCAACCCAUAGUAUCUUUUGUUGUUUAUUUUUUGUAGUUUGCUUUAAACAGGAAGCACUUAAUAGAUGGCUCUGUGUCGAAGCUCUGUGCAAUGGGAAUCAUGUUGCUUUUGUUGGGGGGGGGGUUCCUUUUUUUUUUUUUUUUUUUUUUAAAGAUAGCAUUAUUGCACACCAAAUGAACUCCUAAGUAAGCUUUAGAACCAGGAUCGAUUCAGGUCGUGGGAGAGUAUGUUCACUGUAGUUCUGUGUGUUUGUGAACCGACAGGCAGGUGGCCGCCUCUGGCCCCUGAGGCUCGGCCCCGGGCCCUGGCUAAUGGGCCCUGGGUCACAGCUGCCUGGGUUCCAGCAGCCGGGAACCUUCCCGAAUGUCUGAAGCACUUAACCCUCUCUUUGUGGAGAUAGCCCGACUGCUACUGACCUGUCAGCAUACUCGAGGGUGAUUAUAAAAGGAUGUUUCUUUAAGAAAGAAAAAAUAUUUCUAUCCUCUUCUAAUUUAUUAUUAGGUUAAUCAUGUAAGUACUUAUCAGGAGUGUGUUGUCAUUUGUAUUGUUGUUGCGAAUGCUUUUGCUGUCACUCCAGUGGUUACUGUCCUUUGCUCCCCAGAAUCUGAAGAGGUCUGGGGACCUGCAGUGGGCGGUGUGAGGGACAAAAGGGAGUCCUCCAGCACAAUCAGACACCGGUCUCCCUUAUACCCGCUCAGAACCUGGCAGUCUCUGCAUAUCCUAACUGUCGAACCAAGAGCUGAUGAACAAAGCUCCCACAUCAGGUGGCACUGGAUGGGAGAACUGCUCCCAGAGGCACUGCAAUGCAGUGAGGGAAAACAGAAGAGCCAAGUUUAAGUUCCCCCAAAGCCUCCUAGAGCCUCUGUUAAGACUUCUGGGUUCAUGAAGGUUUGGCGAGCCUAGAUCAGAGGAGAGGCAGACAGUCUAGCCGAGGCCAUCGGGCUGAGCUGGAAAGUGGUUUCUCAAAGGUCCCCAGGGGUUGCGUGUCUUUGAUUUCCAUUGUCAGUUGUCCUUCCUUGCAUUCAGAUUCAGUCAAAAGCAUCCUUGGAGGCAGCAGGCAUUUCCUAGCACUGGAGGUGUCUGGAGGCCUGAGAACCCUCUACCGCCUCGUCGUAAGAAAUGGAGAAAGGAUUUUCUAUGGCUGGAAAUUCAGUCAGCAGAGCCCCCCACCCCACCCGCCGUUGCUUGCUCAGUGGAGGGCGGGGGGUUUGUGGGACUGACCUCUACCGGGGCUGGGGAAACUUAAAAAAAAGACUCACCCCAGGGACAGGCAAGGGGCAGGGCCGGAUACCUGCCUUUACCCCCAAACAGCCCACUGAACCCAAACCCACGUUUCUUUCUGUACUGUACCCCAUCCUCUGAAAUCAGGGGGAGGGGUACUCAUCCCUACUUCCUCUCUUUGGGGGUAAAAGUCCUCUGAUAAAAUUGGCCUAAUCCCCCAGGGUUUUUAUUUUUUAAUUAGUCUAAGCAGUUCUCAUCUCCAGUUCUCUCUUUCCACCCUGAACACAGACACACACAAAAUCGACAUCUCAUGUCCCACGCUGAGACCACCCCUGCCUCAGAAAAAUGCCGGACAUUUUGGAGACAUGAGAGUGCAUUUGAAGAAAAAGAAAAAAAAAAAAAAAAAGCCUUCAAGCUUUGUGAGAAUAGCUUGUCAGAGCUGGCAGCGGGGAGGGGUCAGCUUCGUGAUCCCUCCUGAGUCCGUCCCCACAGAACAGGACACCUAGCUCUUUGCGUUUGUGCAAUAACUACUUGCUAGGAGAGCGGGUAGCACCACCCUCCUCUAGACUACUAACACAGCACAAGACACACGUCAGCCCUUCCUAAGCACCCCCCGCCAUGUGUUACAUUUUAGCAGUAUUUACUUUCCUUCUGUCAGGCACUAAGUCUUAGGUGUUUAUAGAGCUUGAGUGUUAAUACAAUCACUUUUUUUUUUUUUUAAUUUUAAACUUCACCAAGACCCAAUUGACCAAAAAGAAGUGAGAGGAAGAAAAAAAAAUUGUAAGAUGUCUCUCUCCUAUUUUUUUUAACGUGUACAAGUAGUAGUUUUGAGAAGCCUUGUGUUGCUGUGACCAUCUCCUAUCAUGCCUUGAUUUUCUUGCGAUUUGUUUUCGACAUUAAGAGUUGGUCCCGGCUGGCGUGGGGGGGAGGCCCCGUCGGCCCCUCAGCGUCGUCCCUUCUUGUCUUUGGUUAGCCAUAUGAAAUGUUUGUUCUCUGCACUGUCCAACGGUCCCCAUUAUGAUACGGAGAAGCAAUAUCACCGAAGCCCACACCAUGUAUUACUCACUAGCACCCGAGGUGUGAUAACUGAAGUAAAUAUCUUUUAUACAAACACAA